AAAGUGAGGUUAGGUUAGGUUAAGGCGUGCGAGUGAUCGUGCGAGUCCAGACUCCAGCUGGCGAGGCGUACAACGACGGGCCGCGGAGGAGACGAACGGACGACCGACGGCGACGAUGUCGGGCAAAAUCAAGAGCAGGAACGGCGACGCGAUCGAGAAUGGAGCGGCCGACGACGUCGCGGCGAAGAUCGCGGACGUGGAGCUCGACGUGGGGGAGACGCCGAGCAAGAAGCUGACGCACAAGGAGAAGAAGAAGCUGAAGAAGCAGCAGGAGUACGAGCGGACGAUGGAGAUGCUGACGAGGGCGGGCGGGCAGGGCCACAGCGAGCUCGAGUCCAACUUCACGAUCUCGCAGAGCCAGACGCAGCAGCGCAGCAAUCAGCAGCUGGACAACGCGGUCGACAUCAAGGUGGAGAACUUCAGCAUCGCGGCCAAGGGCAAGGAGCUCUUCACCAACGCCAGCCUGAUCAUCGCGCAGGGCAGGCGGUACGGACUUGUGGGACCGAACGGUCACGGCAAAACUACCUUGCUCCGCCAUAUAGCCAAAAGAGCCUUUAAUAUCCCACCUACGAUAGAUGUCCUGUAUUGUGAACAAGAGGUCAUAGCGGACGACACUCCGGCUGUAGAAGUGGUGCUCAAUGCUGAUGUGAAGUGCAUAGAGCUUCAGGCGGAAUGCAAGAAGUUGGAGGAGUUGACGGAGCAAGGGGACACCACUGUGCAGAACAGAUUGCAGGAGGUGUACGACGAGUUGAAGGCCAUUGGAGCGGACUCGGCGGAGCCGCGAGCCAGGCGGAUCCUCGCCGGUUUGGGAUUCAACCGUGCGAUGCAGAAUCGCGCGACGAAGAACUUCUCCGGCGGUUGGCGAAUGCGUGUUUCGCUCGCGCGGGCGCUCUUCUUGGAGCCCACGCUGUUGCUGCUGGACGAACCUACGAAUCAUUUGGAUUUGAACGCGGUCAUCUGGCUGGACAACUACUUGCAAGGCUGGAAGAAGACUCUGCUGGUCGUGUCGCACGACCAGAGCUUCCUGGACAACGUGUGCACGGACGUGAUACACUUGGAUCAGCAGAAGUUGUACUAUUACAAGGGAAAUUACAGCAUGUUCAAAAAGAUGUACGUGCAGAAGAGGAAGGAAAUGGUGAAGGCAUACGAGAAGCAGGAGAAGCGCCUGAAGGAUCUUAAAGCGGCCGGACAGAGUAAGAAGCAGGCCGAGAAGAAGCAGAAGGAGGCGCUCACGAGGAAGCAAGAGAAGAAUCGAACGAAAAUGCAGAAACAGGAGGAGGAUACUGGGCCCACGGAAUUGCUGCAAAGACCGCGGGAGUAUAUCGUGAAAUUCAGCUUUCCCGAUCCUCCACCGUUGCAACCUCCAAUUCUUGGUCUUCAAAAUGUAACAUUCGGGUACGAAGGACAGAAACCGUUGUUCAUCGACGCGGACUUCGGUAUAGACCUAAGUUCUCGAGUAGCAAUACUGGGUCCUAACGGCGUCGGUAAAUCUACCUUCCUGAAGUUACUAAUGAGCGACAUAACUCCUCUGAAGGGCGAAAUCACGAAGAAUCACCGACUGAGGAUAGGAAGGUUCGACCAGCACUCUGGCGAGCACUUAACUGCCGAGGAGACCCCGGCGGAAUAUCUGAUGCGACUAUUCGAUCUUCCAUACGAGAAGGCGCGCAAGCAGCUGGGCACUUUUGGCCUCAGCUCGCACGCGCACACCAUCAAGAUGAAGGACCUGUCGGGCGGCCAGAAGGCGCGCGUUGCGUUGGCCGAGCUCUGUCUGAACGCGCCGGACGUGCUGAUCCUGGACGAGCCGACCAACAACCUCGACAUCGAGUCCAUCGACGCGCUGGCGGACGCCAUCAACGAGUACAAGGGCGGCGUUAUCAUCGUCUCGCACGACGAACGGCUGAUUCGCGAUACGGAAUGCUGUCUCUACGUGAUCGAGAAUCAGCAGAUCAAUGCCAUCGACGGCGAUUUCGACGACUAUAGGAAAGAAUUGCUCGAGAGCCUGGGAGAGGUCAUCAACAAUCCCAGCAUAGCCGCGAACGCUGCCGUUCUACAAUAAUCGUCGUAUUACCAAUUAGCGUAAUUGACAUCUUGGUGGCCUGUAAUAAUGUGCAAAAAGCGAUCAUUGGAUUGCGAUCGAAGCCUUCGUACGGACGCCCGUUUGCCCUAACAGCUCCGGAUCCAGAUUUUGUAUUAUAAAUAUCUUGCAGACCGAAUGUAAAAAAAAAAUAAAUUGUUAAUAACACGGA